CAGGGCAGGUCAGAGAGCCUCCCCAGUAAGGACACGGGGUACGAGUCUCAGGAUGUGUUGGAAGCUCCGCUGCCACUGAGGUCUGACAUUGGCUGCAUGAUGGGGCCCCGGGACCCUUACGGCAACAGAUCAGGCUGUGGCCCCCCCAUGGCAGGUCCCAACAUUCGUCCCUUGAACUGUGGGUGCCUUCACCCUCAACACUGCCUUGAUCUUCCAAGAGGUGCCAUGGAUUCUAGAAUGUUUUUGCAUCAUCAGCCUUUUGGCCACAGCCCCCACCUGUGUAAUUGCCCUUUGCAACAGGCAGAAGUCAGACAGCAGGGAAGGCCUGAAAGCAGGAUUUCUGGAAGCUUCCUUGGCCCACAUGCGCCCAACGCAGAGUGCAGCGUUAAUGUGCCACGCUAUGACACCCCGCCACAGGAGGUGAUGUCAGAGGUCAAUGUACUCCCAUCAUCGUCUCCUUCGAGGGGCUCCACUGCACAGGGCACCAGGAAGACCAUCAGCCUGCCGGAUGAGUGCCGCAAUGUUUUUGUCACCUACUCUGUGGAUACUGCGUCUGAAAUAGUUCCUUUUGUGGAAUUUAUGACCAAUCAAGGAUUUCGUCCUGCUAUUGACAUAUUUGAUAACCCAAUAAGACGUAUGGACAUCACAAAGUGGAUGGACAGCUAUUUAAAAGAUAAAUCAGUGCUGAUCAUCAUAGCCAUCAGUCCACAGUAUAAGCUGGACAUUGAGGGGCCUCGGCAGGAUGAACAUGGCCUGCACACCAAAUACAUCCACUCGAUGAUGCAAAAUGAGUUCAUCCAGCAAGGCAGCUUAAACUUCAGAUUCAUCCCCGUGCUCUUCCCAAAUGCAACCCAGAGACAUGUGCCUGGGUGGCUCCUCAACACAAGGAUCUACCGGUGGCCCAGGGACGUGGAGGACCUCCUGCUCAGACUACUCCGGGAGGAGAGGUACAUCCUGCCCCCCUUGGGCAAGGAGCUAACCCUCAGCAUCUCCCCCAUGUGACCAAUGAAGGCCCUGGUAUCUGUCCUGACGGAGCACCUCCAAACCCUCUCUGCUCAUCCUGUUGCCAUUGUACCAAGUAGCAACACCCCCCCCCCCCCCCCCUGCAACAAACGGCUCUGUGGUAUCAACACGCGUGUCCAGUUACCAUGGGUUAAACCUCAAAAAUGACGUUUUUAAAAAUGGGAAAGCAAAACCUUUGUCAGUUCUGUUUAAUGUGAAACAGAAUAUCGUGUGAAAGUAUCAAAAAAUGUGUUAGCUCAGGGACAUGUGGGACCCACUGCAUUUCUUUUCAGGCUCAAUGAACCAUCAGCAGCAGCUAAUUUCACCUAGCAUACAUGCUGGAAAUGGUUUUUAGCGGAUGAAGGUUUGGAACAUUCAAUUGUGCACAUUAAAGGCUAAUUGUUUGUGACAGAGCUGGACAGACCUCAGGAGACAGUAUUUGAUUAUACUGGUAUAAAGAAAAAGGUUCAAAAAUGGGGUUAAUCAAUCAUUUUAUAGCAGUUUUUUUCUGAGGGAAUUUAUCACACAAUGGCUUAACAUCUCUAUAGAAGAAAUUAAUUUUUUUAUUAUAUACAUGCUAUCACCCAAAAUUUACUACAGAAUGAAAUUUACCUUACUCUGAUACAAACCUGGUGUGUACUUCUGCCCUUCUCACCAGCUUGACUUUACACUGCCAAUGAUUCUCAGGCUGACGUCCUAUAUAGUGUAUUUACUGAAUAAUGGGUUAACUAUGUACAGGUAUGUGACUGAGGAGCAGAUUAAAUGUAUGCCAUAUUGUCAAUAAUGUACUGUCAUUAUAAACUGUGUGACUGUAUUUGUGCACACUUGCCUGCGUGUAUCGGUAUGUGCAUGUGUAUAACUACUCCUGUAGCCUGCCACUGAUCUACUUAAACUGAUACCAAGUCAGGGAAAAUAAAGUUAUUACUGUGCAUCGACUCCUCAAAACUUCUGACUGUGUUUAUCAGAAACCAUGAAAUGGUGAUUACAAGCCAACAUGGUUGUAUAGC